CCUUUAUCAAUUAAUUUCUUCCUCCGUGUUUUCCGGUUUUCCCAGAAAGCAACUUCCAAACAGCACUCAGUACCUCAAUCUUGAAGUUCACUUCACGAUAAUUCCCACCGUCGAAAGAAGCAUACGAAAACUCUGUUCGUGCAGCAGAAUAAGCAGCCAAUUUUGAACUCUACUCCUCUGCAUUUUAUGGCGAGUACGUUGCGGUUGUAUUUGGCGUGCAUACGCAACACUCUCGAGGCCGCCAUGUGCCUUCAGAACUUUCCAUGUCAAGAAGUCGAAAGGCAUAACAAGCCAGAGGUUGAAUUAAAGACCAGCCCAGAACUUCUGCUAAAUCCUGUUCUGAUAUGUCGAAACGAGGCUGAAAAAUGCUUAAUAGAAACUUCUAUUAAUUCCCUGCGCAUAAGUCUCAAGGUAAAGCAGUCAGAUGAACUUGAAAACAUACUAACUAAAAAGUUCUUAAGAUUCUUGUCAAUGAGGGCAGAAGCAUUUCAGGUUUUGAGGAGAAAGCCAGUACAGGGUUAUGACAUCAGCUUUCUUGUUACAAACUACCAUUGUGAGGAGAUGCAGAAGCACAAACUCAUAGAUUUUAUUGUGCAAUUCAUGGAGGAUAUUGAUAAAGAGAUAAGCGAAUUAAAAAUAUCAGUAAAUACGCGGGGGAGGCUUGUGGCUACAGAGUUUCUGAAGCAGUUUAUAUAACGAGUUUAGUACCAGACAACCUGCUUUUUGUGCAGAUCAUUGUGAUUUUUGAAGUAUGUGUACUAUAAUUUUUGAGGUUUAUGUUGAACAAGUUUGAUAUUUUAUUUGUGAAAAGAAUGUUGGAAGAAUUUUUGUAAGAUCUUAAAAGAUUGUUAUGUGUUGAACAUGGUAAACGACAUGGAGUUUUUGUACUUGAAUCAGUGAAUUGCAUAGGUAAUUCUUCAUGAAAUGUAAUUCUCUUGCAUGUUCACUUGUGAAAUAUUGUGAGUUGUAUCAAUAGAUGAAUAAAGUGUUGAAAUUUUGUUAUUUGGGU